AGAAAGAGAGAGAGAUAUGGCAGUGACUUUUGUCACAGUACUGAGCAUCUUUGUGGUUGCCUUGUUGGCGGUACCAGGCGGGCUGAACUCCGGCCAGGUGAUGGCAUGGGACUGCGAAAAGGAGAAAGAUGAGUUGAAAGCCGUCUGCGGCAAGUACGUCCUGAAUCACAACCCACUUCCUGGGCCGCCGUGUCCAAGUUGCUGCAACAAGGUCAUGGCUUCUGAUAUUCCUUGUGUCUGCCGAGCUCUCACUGCUGCGGACUUGAAGAUAUACAAUAUAACAUUGGCUCUAUGCGUCGACCGCAAGUGUGGCUAUCCCCUUCCCGCCGGCUUCAAAUGCGCUGGUUACACCCUGCCCGAAAUUUGUUGAUGGCGAAGGAGCUUC